AUGAGACCUUCUAAGGAGUUUUUACAACAUGGUCACUGUACUGCCACUGCUGUGGAUGGAUCGGCCACGGCCGACGGUGGCUGUAUCGCGGCCACAAGCGCCGACGGCACCCCUAUGGAUUUUCGCUUGGUGUAUGUACGUUCCUCCGCGGCUUUAUGGUCCUAA